GUGUGGCGUGGCAGCUUCUCGCGUGGUGGUGCUGAGCUCUGGAAUCUCCACUGGGGAGGUAGACUUCACCAUAACGGCGGACCCAGUGGAGAAAUCUGCCUCCGACGUGAUUGAGGACUUGCAGCUGCAGUUGUCGGACGCGUCGUCUCCUUUUCGCACUGGCGCUUUUGCGCCGUUCGCCUCCCACAUUGCUCAGCUAAGCGGUGUGCUGCCGUCGCCACACUCCUUGUGGACACCCGGGUCACCGGGACCAAGGGAUGCGGAGGAAGCCAUUUGCUUAGAUCCGGUUGCAGAGGGCCUCAGCAAGUUGAACGAACUCGCUGAUGUAGGCGCGCACUCCGAUGACGAAGAGCAUGAGGAGGAUGUUGUGAAGCGACCAGAAUAUUGGGGCUUGCGGGUCAGAGACUUGUCAGAGUUCCACACCGCUAUUCGCGACGAGCUAGUAGGGUAUUGUGAAGACCACCGCAUGCGCUUUCAGCAUGGACAGUGCGUCCAUGUGUGCAAGCAUGGGGACACUUGCCCCUGGGGCGACCACGCCGGAGUGCCACAUGACAAGACAUGCAAGUCCGCAGAGACAUCUGGACAACCGCUGCUCCCAAACAUGCAUGCAGUUGUUGCAAGAUAUGUGAAGCCGCAAACUCGUUCCCUGGGCACGUCUUGGGCGACGAUGAAGUAUCCAAAGGGACUUCGGAUCACCCACUUCGUGACCCAUACUUGGGAG